AUGAAUCACGAUCCAUUCAGUUGGGGCAGACCUUCCGAUGAAACUUAUGGUACUUACAAUAACACAAUUGCUAGUGCUUCUCCAUUUCCAAAAAUGAAUACGCAACAGCCAAUAAUUACAGGUACAUCUGUAAUUUCAAUGAAGUAUAAUAAUGGUGUCAUCAUUGCAGCAGACAAUUUAGGUGCAUAUGGCUCUCUUUUACGUUUUAAUGACGUUGAAAGAUUAAUUCCGGUAGGUAAAAGAACUAUUGUUGGUGUAUCUGGAGAUGUUUCUGAUAUGCAGCAUAUUGAACAAAUAUUAUCAGACCUAGAAAUCGAAAAUAAUUAUGAUAAUUCCUAUGCUGAUGAUGAAGAAACUUUAAAGCCAAGUUAUAUAUUUGAAUAUUUAUCUACAUUGAUGUAUCAGCGUAGAUCUAAGAUGAAUCCGCUUUGGAAUGCAAUAAUUGUUGCAGGUGUGGAAGAUGACAAACCAUUUUUGAAAUACGUGAAUUUAUUAGGCGUAACGUAUUCUUCUCCAACAUUAGCUACUGGGUUUGGUGCACAUUUAGCUAUUCCACUUUUAAGACGUGUUAUUGAUCGUGAAGAGGAUAUUGAAUCAACAAAUUUGGAAUUAGCAGAAAAAACCAUAUUAGAAAGUAUGAAAGUUUUGUAUUACAGAGAUGCACAUUCUUCCAGGAAAUUUUCUUUGGCUAUUAUUGACAAAGAACAAGGUUUAGUUUUCAAAAAGGGAUUACAAGUGGAGAACAUGAGUUGGAAAUUUGCAAAAGAUAUUAAAGGUUAUGGUACCCAGAAGGUUUAA